AUGCCAUAUUUACGAAUAUUUGAUAUUCAAUGGGAAUAUUUUCCAGAGAAAAAUGUUAAUAUAGCUGAUAUUUUUAUGAUCGAAUCAUUUCGAACUCAAUUCUGGCUUGAACGAAAAUGGUUCUUUACAUUUACUCUUGAAUCAAUUAGUGAUGAUUGUUAUCGAGUUCUCUUUUCUACAAAUUCGUACAUAAGAAAAUCUUAUACAUUAUAUGGAAAUUCAAGCAAAGAUAUGAUAUCAAAUUAUCAGAAGAACAGUAUAAAUUCUGUUCAUCAUGUUUAUAUUAAACAAGAACAAAUCAUAAAAGAUGAUUGUAGAAAUUAUUUUCCAAAUGCUACUGAAUUGACUCACUCUUAUAAUGGCAUUAAUGUUGAUAGAAAUCCUUCUUUAAAUAUUCUCAAUCAUAUUGUUCCAUUGAUACAACUUACUAAAUUAAAUAUCAAUGUUAAAUCAUUUCUCGUCGAAACAAUGAUUGAAAUGUUAAGUUUAACAUUGAAUAUUCAUACAUUGACUGUUAAAGAUGUAUGUUUUGAUAAGAAAGAAUUAUUAUCAAUUCAACAAACUGAAAUUUUUCAAUUAGUAUCAACUAGAAAUAAAAUUAAAAAUUUAACUAUUAAUUCAAUAUAUUCAUUUGAAGAAAUAAAAUUAUUCAUUCAAUUUUGUUCUCGAUUAGAAUGUCUUAGAAUGCGUCCAGUUUAUGAUGAUUUUGAAGGAUUUGUACGAUAUUUCUUAUCAAAAAAUAACAAUAAUACUCGAUGUUUAUUCUUUAUGUGUGUCGCAGAUAUUUCUUCAGAAGAAAUUGUAACAAUAGACGCUGUUAUGAAAUCAAAAGAAACUAUUGAUGAUUUUCAAGCAAAAAGAAUAACAAAAAGAUUUUUAUGAAGAUAUCUAUUUUUGGCGAUGAUAAUUAUUAUUAAUCGAACAUAAAACUGUGAAAUAUUUUUCAUUUAUAAAUAAACUAGAAAACUACCGUUUAUAGAAUUUGUUGUAUGUGGGUAUUUCUGUAUGAGAAAAGUUAUCGAUACGAUUAACAAAAAUAGGAACAACAAUUUAUUAUAAAUGACGAUAUUCAAUUUAAUUGAUUUUUGUUCAUGAUUUAAAUUAGAACUACUAUCCAUUUCAAAAUAGAAGGCAGGUGAUUGUAAGAUGAAUAACUCACG